UCAGACCUCAAGCAGCCGCUGUCCGCGCUGCCGCCAUCGCCGCGUCCGCCUGCAGCCCAUUGGACAUGCGAGGAUACCGCGGCGUCAAAUACUUACUCUUUGUUUUCUGCUACGUCUUCUGGGUCGUGAGCGCCGUUCUCAUUGCGGUGGGAAUCUACGCCAAGAUCGUCAAGGAGAAAGAUGUGGUGGACACACUGACCGUGGACCCGGCGCUCCUCCUCAUCGUGGUGGGCUCCUUGAUAUUCAUCAUCACAUUCCUGGGAUGUUUGGGUGCCCUGCGGAACGCCACCUGCCUGCUGAAGACGUUUGCCGCCAUCCUGGCGGCGGUGCUUCUGGUGCAGCUGACAGCAGGAAUUCUGGGAUAUGUCUUCACUGACACGGUGAUGGAGCGGACGGAGCGCCUCAUGAUGAAGACCAUUGUCCGCUACCGGGAGGACCGGGACCUGGAGAACGCCAUCGACUUUGUCCAGAAGAAGUUCCAGUGCUGUGGCGUGGACAACUACAGGGACUGGUCCAAGAACGUCUACUUCGAGUGUUCCGACUCCAAUCCCAGUUUGGAAGCCUGCGGCGUCCCCUUCUCCUGCUGCGUCAUCCCCAGCAACCAGACGGUGCUGAACACCAUGUGUGGCCUGGGCACGCAGCAGCAGGAUCUCCGCUGGGCCUCCCGGGACGUCUUCACGGACGGCUGCCUGCCCAAGAUGGCGGCGUGGAUCCGGACCAACAUGAAGAUGCUGGCCGGGAUGACGGGCGGCUUGCUGCUUCUCGAGGUGUGCGUGAUCGCGCUGGCUGUGGCUCAGGUGUGCUGGAUCAACAAAGUGCGGCGACGAAAGGCCGAGCUCGCCACCCGAAGCGCGUCCCGGAAGAAGGACGAGCUGUGGUUUCCCGCCUUUGCUGACUUUGACCAAUGAGAGGUGACCCCUACAGGCUGGAGUCGUAAUGACACACCAGUCACAAAACUGCUGAUAAAAAAAAAAAAAAACAGCUCAUUUUUAAGCUCACAAUGUUGAAACCUCAUAAUCACUUUUUGUCGGUCCAUCACAGGGGGUGUCCAAAGUGAGGCCCGGGGGGGCAUUUGUGUUUUUUAUUAUUACAGACGAAAUAAACAUAAAAUAUUACGCAAAAAAAGGGAGCGUCGACUAGGGUUGUACAGUACACCAGUACUAGUAUAGUUAAAGUUAAAGUACCCAUGAU